CUCUCCUCCUCCUCCUCCUCCUCUUCUGCUUCUUCUUCGUCCUCUUCCUUGAGCACGCGCGCACUCACACGCAAGAACGAACGAAAUAGUAAAGAAAAAGAAGAGAGACUUAUCAAUCAAUCGAUCAGACUUCUGGGAGUGGGAGCGGAGUAGAACGAAAGUGUAGCGAGCCUUCUUUGCGUGGAGUCUUUUUUUUUUUUUUUUUUUUCCUUCUCUCUUGGCCAUGGCGACGUUGCAGGCGAUAAGGGUGGUGAGGGAAGAAGAAGGGAGGAGUCAGAGCCCCAGGAGCCCUGAGGCCAGGCUUGGGAUGAAAGUUGAGGAUCUCUGGGAUAUCCAGCAGGGCGGUCAGCUCUCUCCCACUGAGAAGCUCAAUGCUUGCUUCGAGGGCAUCCCUCUCUCCGCCUUCCCCCCUUCCCCUUCCUCCCAAGUAGUCGAGAUAAGGUCGGAUGCUAGUCUAGCUGAAGCGGUUCGCUUACUGUCCGAGCACAGGAUCCUGGGUGCACCAGUCGUGGACGUUGAUGCCCCCAAGGAUGCCAGCUGGAUGGAGAAAUACAUUGGCAUUGUCGAAUUCGCCGGGAUCGUGGUCUGGAUCCUAUAUCAGUCGGAGCCUCCAUCUCCUAGGAGUCCAAAAUCAGGAACUGCGUUUGCUUUGGCAGCUAAUGGAGUUACUUCGGCCGUGGGACUCAACUUAGGCCCAGAAACUGCUGCUGCCACCCCAGGAAGCUUUUUCGAGGCUCUAAUCUCCUCUGAGAUUUAUAAGAACACCAAGGUUGGGGAGAUCUCUGGUUCAUUCCGGUGGGCCCCGUUCCUUGCAUUGCAGAAGGAGGAUUCCUUCCUGACCAUGCUGUUGUUGCUCUCAAAGUACAAGAUGAAGAGCAUCCCCGUGGUCGAUGACGGGAAGAUCGAUAACAUUAUCACCCAGGCCGCAGUGAUCCACAUGUUGGCAGAAUGUGCGGGGCUUCAUUGGUUCGAGAGCUGGGGGAGGAAGAAGCUCUCCGAACUUGGCCUUCCCCUCAUGACUCCCGACCAGAUUGUUAAGGUGUAUGAAAAUGAGCCGGUGCUGCAGGCAUUCAAGCUGAUGAGGAAAAAACGAAUCGGAGGAAUACCCAUCGUUGAUGCCAGUGGUAGGAAGGCCGUGGGCAAUAUAAGCUUAAGAGACGUUUGUUUUCUGCUGACGGCACCGGAGAUCUACCGCGAUUACAGGUCGGUCACAGCAAAAGGCUUCGUGAUGGCGGCUCGAGACUACUUGGAGAAGCACGAAGGGACCUCACCUAUGAUGAGUGGCAUGAUAACAUGCAAGAAGGACCACACCAUGAAGGAGCUGAUCUCGAUGCUGGACUGCAAGAAGAUUCACCGGAUAUAUGUAGUAGAUGAUGACGGGAACCUAGAAGGUGUGAUCACGCUGAGGGACAUAAUCUCAAAGCUAGUCCACGAACCCCGUGGCUACUUUGGUGAUUUCUUCGAUGGAGUUCUUCCCUUGCCAUCGAACAGCAGGGUCUAGUGCUGAAUUUCCUGAAAUGAAUUGACUGGCAUCAUUUUUGAUCCUCUCUUGGCUACUUUCUUUUACUUUUUUUUUUUGUUCUCUCGGUCCCCCUCCUUUUCUUUUCUUAUGUUGCCGCACUUUUGUUGUGCUUUAAAGUGGACUGUAGAUCUGUGCUGCGCUUUGAAAUUGACUGUAGAUGCGGGUUGAAUAAUCGGUGGGCUGUUGUAACAUAGGCAAAAGCCCCCUUGUAGUUAGUUUAGUUAAAUACAUGCUCUGAAUGGAGAGUGAUGUUGUUUGUGAUCAUGAGAUUUGUAUGAAACUGUCAGAUAAAUGGAUGAUUUUGUUCUGUGGCUGUGUCCACCGACCGAGCAGCCACUUCUUUCGUUA